CGCUGGCCUCUCCGCUCGAUGGCCGUGCCGCGUCGGCCUGGGGCCACCAGCAUCCAAAGCUGAGGAGCCGGCGUGUGCUCAGGGGUUCUUGGCGUCUGGAGGAACCGAUUUGGAGAUAUGGAUAAUAAGGCGAAUCCUGGAGCUCUGGAUGAAUGUUCCGACUAUCUCUUCUCCUUCGGAGUCAUAGCAGAUAUUCAGUACGCUAACUUGGAAGACGGCUAUAACUUCCAGGGAAACAGGCGGCGGUACUACAGGCAGAGCCUUCUUCAUCUACAGGACGCCAUUCAAGAGUGGAAUAAUGAACACGUCAGCCCUUCCUGCGUCCUUCAGCUUGGAGAUGUCAUCGAUGGCUACAACGCACAGUACAGAACAUCCGAGAAGUCCCUGGAACUUGUCAUGAACAUAUUUGAAACCCUGAAAGUCCCAGUGCAUCACACAUGGGGAAAUCAUGAAUUCUACAACUUCAGUAGAGACUUUCUGACACACUCAAAACUCAACUCAAAGUUUCUCGAAGAUCACAUUGCACACCAUCCCAAGACUGUACCAUCGGAGGAUUACUAUGCAUAUCAUUUUGCACCAUUCCCUAAAUUCCGAUUCAUUUUACUUGAUUCUUAUGACCUAAGCAUCCUGGGCGUGGACCAGUCUUCCCCGAAAUACCAGCAGAGUAUGAAGAUGCUGCAGGACCACAAUCCCAAUGCGGAAUUGAAUAGCCCCCAAGGACUUUCUGAGCCCCAGUUCGUGCAGUUUAAUGGAGGAUUCAGUCGAGAACAGCUGGACUGGCUCAACGAAGUGCUCACCUUCUCUGACACGAACCAGGAAAAAGUGGUGCUUGUGAGCCAUCUUCCCAUUUACCCAGAGGCCUCAGACAGCGUGUGCCUGGCCUGGAACUACAGAGAUGCUCUGAGAGUUAUCUGGUCCCACCAGUGUGUAGUGUGUUUCUUUGCCGGUCACACUCAUGACGGUGGCUACGCCAGGGACCCCUGUGGCGUGCACCACGUCAACCUGGAGGGCGUUAUCGAGACGGCUCCCGACAGCCGAGCGUUCGGCACCGUCUAUGUGUAUCCCGACAAAAUGAUGUUGAAAGGGCGGGGCAGAGUCCCAGACAGAGUUCUGAAUUACAACCAGCAGAAAGCUUUAAUCUUUUAGCCCUGUCCAUUUCAUUCACCAUGCUAGAAGGAGAAUGACUGCUGUGUGGUUACUCCCCCAACACGAGGGAAAGCAGAAAUAAAAAUGAUCAACCCUG